AUGAAUACUGCGUCUUCUGGAUCGAAGCUGGGCCAUGGGCGGAACAAUUCCCUGGUGAAGACGCUCACGAAGAGUACGGGAACGGGGAAGAGCCAUUCGAGGAACGACUCCAACGCGCAUUCCUCCAACGCAAAUUCCAAUACUCCUUCCAAUUCCACUGGCCAGAAGACCCACUCGCGCACCCACUCUCGGAACGACUCGUGGUCCAAGAGCGCAGUCCGCAUGGCCAAGUCGACAGCAGCUGCGAUGGUCGUGUGCGGUGCGACGCUGCCGAACUAUGAUGAGUACGAGCUGGAGCGCGAACAACGCGAAAGACGGUUUGGGACGGGCACAGGGGGAAGUGGGCACAGUGGGAAGAGCGGGUUCAGCACCUCCAGCGCUAACGCUACUGCCGGUGGUGGGACGAGAGGUCACUCAACAAGCCUCGACCUAGACGGCGCCCUGCGGCGGGACGGCACGCGCGUCAUUCGCCUGGCGGACCCCGCGCAUUUGCCGGUGGAUAAGGGCGUCCCGGUGUCGGCGUUGUCGCCUGCUGCGUGGCCUUUGUCUCCUUCCGCCGCUGCGAUUAACAGCAGCAGCAACAAUGGGCAAGGGCAAGGGAUGACGCUGAGCCAGGCCCAGCGCCAGACGCCGUCGCCUGCUGGGUCGGGGAUAAGCGAGAGCCAGGUGGGGAUCGCGCUUGGUACGCCGCCUUUGGAGAGCUUGGAGGGCUCUGCGGGUGUGGGCGGGGGUGUAGGUGGGGAGUUGGUUGGCGGGUACUCCAUGUCCUCUGCGCCGAGCAACAACCAAGGAGGACACGGACACGGACACGCAAGAAGCCAGUCGCACGGCUCGAACCCGAGCAUCGAUUAUGCGUACAUGCAGAAACGGCACGCGGACUAUGCGGGGCCGCAUCCUUCGGAGAGGGAGAAGGCCCAGCCGAUCGCGGAUAUUAUCGCGAGGCAUAAGGUCCCACCGCACCUUGCGUUGCCGCUGCACGGUGCUGCCCUAGCUCCUCCACCUGCGUCCGCUCCUGUACAGGUGCCGCAUCCCUAUGCUCAGCAAGCUACACAUUCUGGCCCGUCACUCUCGCCUGGUGCCGCCCUCCUCGCAGCGAACGCACACGGUAACAGCGGUGGUGGAUACCGCUCUGACCCGUCGACGCCGCACGCAGCGAAGAUGUGGGCGCAGCUCUCGCCUGGGGUGGUCCGGGAGGUCUUGGAGGGCGACCUGCAGUACUCGCCGUAUAUGUCCGUGAAGGAAGGUGUUUUGUCGCCGAGUGAGGAGCGGGUUGGUGGCAGCUCUCAUGGCCACGGACAUGGGCAGGAUACGCUGGGUGUGGGCGAGGCGCUGGUCAGUGCUGUCGCGGUUGGCGCUGCUGGAAGGUAUCGAGCGAGCCCGGACAGUGGGCUUGGUACGAAUGAAGAUCAUGCGGUCCUGAUGUCGAGGAGGAAUAGGGAUAGGGACGUCGAUGUCGAGAACGAUUUACGAGAAGACGAGCGCGAGGGCUACGAGCACUCGCACGGGUCCAUCGCCGCCUCUGCGUCGAGCGCCACAGACGACGACGCCGUCGACAUGGAAGAUUUCGGCCCGGCCGGCAGCUGGAAGUUCGUCACCGCACCAAGCCCGCCGUACCUCGACGGCCUCGCCAACCUCAACCUGUACAGACCCAAGUCCGACGCGGACGCCUCGAUGGUGCAGACGCUCUCGUCCUCGAACCUCGAGGUGCCGGUGGCGAUGCCGAGCUCGAGCGCCCUGCCGCCCCAGCUGCCGUCCGCGUACCUCCUCCGUUCGAGCGCGGACGAACCGCCCCAUCCGUACCCGUACCCGUACCCGCACAUCCACCGCCGCUCGCGCUCGCUCUCGCACGACCUGCCCAGCGCCAGCGCCAGCACCAGCUACAACCCCAACCUCAACCUCCUGCAGGCGCAUCACGACCACGACCGGCACUCGCCCGCGCAGACGUCAAGCAGCUCGUCCCCACAGCGCUCGCCCCGCAUCCUCGGGAGCCCGAACGACCUCGAGGCGUUCCAGGACCUGUUCUACCGGCCCGGCAUGGGCAUGGGCAUGGGAGGGGAAGGAGGAGGGGGAGGGAGCGAUGCGCACCGGACCCCCAGCGAGGCGGCCCUGCCGGAGACACCGUCUCCGCCGAAUGUUAACGUCGGCUCGCUGCCGUGGGAUGCGGCGUUGAGCCUGAGGGCGAGGCGGACGGGGAGUGGGCUGACGAGUUUGGCGAGGCAGCUCAGUGAGGAGUUUGAGGCGAUGGCGCUGGAAAGAGAGAGGGAUAGAGACAGGGCGGACUUCGGCUCGGAGGUGGACGUAGAUGGGAGUGUGUACUCGCAUUCGCGGUCGCAGAGCACGAGCUUGAGCUCGUCCUUGGCGCAGCGCCCGAGUCUGGGCGGACGCAGGCCCACGGAGGGGAGUUUGCAGUUCGUGUUUGAGGAGAUGGUGCAUGCCGAGUCGCCUAGGGGAAGUUUGGGCGACCCGAUCCAUGCGUUCCAGCCCAGCGGACAGCUGCCGGAGGACGUACAGUCCUCGCGGGCGUCCUCGAUGAUCGAGAAUGUGGGCGAUGACCCGGAUGAUGAGGAUCCUACUGCUGUCUUCCGACUGGGUAUGGUCGAAUCUACGUCCACACCACCCGCCGUCGCCUCACAGCACCGCAACUCGUUCAACGCCGAGACCUCCUUCUCCCAAUCGCAAUCUCAUUCCAACCUCCGUUCGCCUACUCAUCCACAAUUACCCUCUCCUUCGCACCCAUCAGGUUCCCAGCAGUCCCUCGACCGGCUCGACCCACAAGCCUAUCCCAACCCCAACACUAGUCUCCGCCCUCACUCACCUCUAUCCCCACACUCCCCGCACUCACCCCUCUCACCACACUCGCCCCUCUCACCCCACCCCAACUCCAGUUCCCAGCACUCCUCCCGCAUCCUCUCCGCACUCCACCCACCUACCGACGCCACGCGCAGCAGCUACAUGACCACCUCGACCUUAUCUCGCAUGUCGGGGCUGUCCGACUUCCCCGCGCCGCCCAAGGACCACCGGGCGGAGAUCUUGAGUUCGUACUUCGGUGGGCAGAGAGAGAGGGGUGGAGAGGAAGGGGGAGGUGGUCAGCGAGGAGAGGUGGAGGAAGAAGUGACGCUGACGAUGCCCCUGGCGAUGCCACCGCCCCCGCCGAUCCCGCUCCCGCUGCAGCUGAUGGAGGAGCACAAAGUCACGUUCGGGAAGAACCUGAGCGCGGACGACGUUGCGAAGAACUUGUCCUCGUCGCCGCCCACGUCGCCACCCAAGGCACAUCCGCAUCCGCAGCCUUUCUAG